AACCCUCCAUUUGGACGAAAUGCUGUGGCCCUUCCCUUCACCCACAGAAAAUGGAACCCAAGAUACGAUGUAGCUGAAGCAAUUAUAGCCUCCUUCCAGAUGAGAGACAUUCAAGGCUGCAUAGUUCCCAGCUGAAGGAAAAUAAGCAACAGCUUCUCCACGGUGUAGACUGAAACCGGGGAAGCAUGAACAUCACAAACUGUACCGCAGAAGCCAGCAUGGCUGUGAGACCUAAGACUGUCACUGAGAAGAUGCUCAUCUGCGUGACUCUGGUGGUCAUCACCACGCUGACCACACUGCUGAACUCGGCCGUAAUCAUGGCCAUCUGCACCACCAAGAAGCUCCACCAGCCCGCCAACUACCUGAUCUGCUCUCUGGCCGUGACGGACCUCCUGGUGGCCGUGCUUGUCAUGCCCCUGAGCAUCAUGUACAUUGUCAUGGACAGUUGGAAGCUCGGGUACUUCCUCUGCGAGGUGUGGCUGAGUGUGGACAUGACCUGUUGCACCUGCUCCAUCCUCCAUCUCUGUGUGAUCGCCCUCGACAGGUACUGGGCCAUCACCAACGCAAUUGAAUAUGCCAGGAAGAGGACAGCCAAGAGGGCCGCCCUGAUGGUCCUCACCGUCUGGACCAUCUCCAUCUUCAUUUCCAUGCCCCCUUUGUUCUGGAGGAGCCGCCGCCGGCUCAGCCCACCCCCCAGCCAGUGCACCAUCCAACACGACCACGUCAUCUACACCGUGUACUCCACACUGGGGGCGUUUUACAUCCCCUUGACUUUGAUACUGAUUCUCUAUUACCGGAUUUACCACGCAGCCAAGAGCCUCUACCAGAAAAGGGGAUCGAGCCGGCACUUAAGCAACAGGAGCACCGAUAGCCAGAAUUCUUUCGCAAGCUGUAAGCUUACACAGACUUUCUGUGUGUCUGAUAUCUCCACCUCAGACCCUACCACAGAGUUUGAAAAGUUCCACACCUCCAUCAGGAUCCCUCCCUUUGACAAUGAUCUCGAUCAUCCAGGAGAGCGGCAGCAAAUCUCGAGCACCAGGGAACGCAAAGCCGCACGCAUCCUGGGACUGAUUUUGGGUGCAUUCAUUUUGUCCUGGCUACCAUUUUUCAUCAAAGAGCUGAUUGUAGGUCUGAGCAUACACACCGUGUCUUCUGAAGUGGCCGAUUUUCUGACAUGGCUAGGUUAUGUUAAUUCUCUGAUCAACCCUCUGCUCUACACAAGUUUUAAUGAAGACUUUAAGCUGGCUUUUAAAAAGCUCAUCAGGUGCCGUGAGCACACUUAGACUGUAAAAAGCCAAAAAGACAUGACUUUUACCAGAGCCUCAUGAGUGGGUGGGGGUAAGGGGUGCAAUUUACUCAUUCUUGAACAUACUCAGUUCAGGAGAGUUUGUAAGUAUGUGUGGGCUUGUUGUCUUGUUUGUUUGUUUUGCUCUGUUUGGUUUGGGGCUUGUUGUUUGGUGUGCUGUUUUCUACCUCUGAUCUUAUCUGUGGUAUAUAAUUUCAAAUAAACAUCAUACAAAAACAGAAAUUUCAAAGAAGUAAAUAAUAAGGUAAAACAGUAAAUACUUUUUAUGUUUUUUUAACCAUUUCAGUUACCCUGCAAUUAAAUAAUGCCAAAAAAUA